AGCCGCGGUGGGGCCGCUGAUGCGGCAGGGGGCGAAUCGGCUGUCUGCCAUACUGCUUCGCGAUUCGCGAUCGGAUGUCGAUGCGAUAUGCAAUGCGUUCUGCAUCGCAGAUUGCGGGCGGGCUUGCGGGACGGAGAACCAAAGAGAAAGUGGUUCUCGUCGCUUGCGGCUCUUUCAAUCCAAUCACGAAUAUGCACCUGAGGAUGUUCGAGACCGCGCGCGAUUCCCUCAGAGACACCGGUUUUCCAUGAUGUGAUCCGGGGGGUUAUCUCACCCACGCAUGAUGCCUAUGGAAAGGCUGGAUUGGCAGGUGCUGCGCACAGGAUUGAGAUGUGCCGUUUGGCCCUCCAAAGCUCGGAUUGGAUCUCUGUAGACACGUGGGAAGUCUCUCAAGAAGGUUGGACUCGCACGCUCAAAGUACUCGAGCACUUCCGUGCGUUCUUCAACGAUAGAGAUACAGAGUCUUCGCCAGGGGAAGCGGUAAAACCGACUGAGUCAACCGGGAGAGAGGAGCAAGUUGGGGUGCGACUCCUGUGCGGAGGAGAUCUCCUCGAGAGUUUCGCAAAACCUGGUCUGUGGGAGGACGAGGACAUACGGAAGAUCGUUGGGGAUUUUGGCCUGGUUGUUAUAGGCAGGAGCUCCUCGAAUCCGGAAAAAUUCAUCUAUGAUCAUGACAUAGUCUACGAGAACAGGCGGAACAUCCAUAUAGCUACGGAGUGGUUCAGCAACGACGUCUCCAGCACCAAAGUUAGGAAUGCUGUACGUCGUGGUGAGAGCAUAAAAUACGUCGUUCAGGACUCUGUGAUCGAUUACAUAGCCCAGAAGAGACUUUAUCGGGAGAAAUAAAUAUCAAGACGACA